CCCCUCCACCACAUCUCCCUCACCCAUCACUACGACGACCACCAUGACUUCCCUCCUUCGUACCGCCGUAGCUCCCGCAGCACGCUCGGCUCUGCGUCCAGCAGCCAGCCGUGUCCCCGUGGCUUCCUUCGCCGCCACUACCCCUGCCGCCGCCUCCACCUUCAGCACCACUUGUCGCCGAGGUGACUCUCAACCCCCCGGAAAGCAGCCUCAGCAAUCGCCUCGCAAGCACGAGGAUCAAGUUGAUCAGGCUCGCAAGACUUCCAGCAACGCCCUCUUCAUCUCCCUUGCGGCAGGUUCAGUCAUUGCUGCCGCCUACUUUGGUUUCAACCGUCUCUCCGCCGAGGGACAGCAGCAGCAGCAGGCCUCGUCGUCGUCGUCGUCGUCUUCGUCCACCUCUGGUAAGAGAUUGAGCUACGCCGAACGUGUCAAGGCUUCCCUCGCUAGAGCCAAUGCAUCAGGAGGUGGUGUUCAGGUAUUCCACAGCGCCGCUUCAGGGAUCGAUGGCGAAGAUUCGCCCUUGUCUGGUGAAGGCACAGACGAGGCCGAUGUUGCUGCCCAAGAAGGGAUCAAUGCCCCCGAUUCUUCUGCAUCGCUAGAUGUCAUCAGCGACGUUGUUGAAGAGGACCCGGGAGAGGGCCAAGAAGCGGCCUAUGAUCCUUCGACGGGACAGAUCAAUUGGGACUGCCCUUGUCUGGGCGGUAUGGCCACGGGUCCCUGUGGAGAAGAAUUCAAGGAAGCUUUCAGCUGCUUUGUAUUCAGUGAACAGGAGCCCAAGGGUGUAGAGUGUGUAGGCAAGUUCAAGGGAAUGCAGGAUUGCUUCAGGAGACAUCCUGAAGAGUACAAGGAGGAACUCGAGAUGGAGGAGGAGGUAAGUCGUGCUGAGCGGGGAGGAAAUUGUGUUUACGAGUGCGGGCGCUGUGAUGCUUCGGUACCAGAUUCAAGCGCCCGUAUAGCCUGAUCUCGAGCUGACACUCUCCUCCUUCUCCCCCUUUUAUCACUCUUCAGGAUGAGGCACAAUCACUUGUGGAUGAGGUGGAACAAGCUUUGGGCCUGUCAGGAGGACAAUCGAAGCAAAUUGCUGCAUGAUCGUUGGUCUUACUGUAUGCCGAUCAAGAGGAGCAUAUGAAGGGUAUGG